UUACCCAAAGUGAUGCGUAGUGCAGUGCAAACAACUUUACAAUUAAACAAACACGCCCACAUACUACUGCCGGCGUGACCAUUUUUAUAGCGCGGGCUAUCGAUGGUAUCGAUUCGUUACGUCAGUCGCGUGACACAGCGCUCGCGGCAGAUCUUGAAAUAAGCGCGCGCGUGAGGAGUGCGCGCGCCCCGCGCCGCUCCACGUUUGAGGAUGACGUCAGGAGAGCUAGCGGUAAGAAAGCGCUCCAGGACUUCAAGAAACAAACAGACAGCGGAGCACAAACAUGAAGACCGGGGUGCCCACUCGGUCCUGGCCAGUAGUUUUUGUCAGUUUAGUCAUUUGCAGCAUUUGUACCGUGAACGGAGAUUACUGCAAGGUGAACCUGUGUCAUAAUGGAGGGACGUGUGUGACCGGCAUCGGAGAAGAACCCUUCUUCUGCAUCUGUGCCGAAGGAUUUGCUGGAGAUACGUGCAAUGCCACUGAGAAUGGUCCUUGUAGUCCAAACCCAUGUAAAAACGAUGGUACGUGUGAGGUGAUCUCUAACUCCAGAAGAGGAGACGUUUUUAAUGAGUAUGUGUGCAAAUGCCAACCUGGGUUCGAAGGUGCUCACUGCCAUAUCAAUGUGAAUGACUGUGCAAUCCAGCCUUGUAAGAAUGGAGGCCUGUGUCGUGAUCUGGACGGGGACUACACCUGCCACUGCCCUUCUCCAUAUGUUGGGAAGCAAUGCCAUCUACGUUGUACAUCUCUGUUGGGGAUGGAGGAAGGUGGAAUCGUAGAGUCCCAGAUCUCGGCUUCCUCUGUACACUCUGGCAUUUUAGGGCUGCAGCACUGGGGACCCGAGCUCGCACGCCUCAACAAUCAGGGCCUUGUCAAUGCCUGGAGCUCCGCACCCCAAGACAAGAACCCCUGGAUUGAGGUUAACAUGCAGAAGAAGAUGCGCCUCACUGGAAUCAUAACGCAAGGAGCCAGCCGCAUGGGGACAGCUGAGUUUGUUAAGGCUUUCAAGGUUGCAUCCAGCUUUGAUGGAAAAUCAUACAGAGCGUACAGAGCUGAGGGCCAGAGAAGAGACAAGGUGUUUGUGGGAAAUACAGAUAACGAUGGAACUAAGACAAACAUGUUUGACCCUCCCAUUGUGGCCCAGUACGUUCGAAUCAUUCCUGUUGUGUGCCGUAAAGCAUGUACUCUCCGGAUGGAACUUGUGGGCUGUGAACUUAAUGUGCACUCCAGCACAAUUGGUUGCACCGAUCCGCUGGGCAUGAAAUCCCGUCUCAUCUCUGAUGUGCAGCUGACAGCAUCUAGCAGCUUCCGCACCUGGGGUAUUGAUGCCUUCACCUGGUAUCCCUUUUAUGCUCGCCUGGACAAACAAGGCAAGACUAACGCUUGGGCUGCAGCGAACAACAACCGCUCAGAGUGGCUCCAGCUGGAUUUGGAGAAACCUAAAAGAGUUACAGGCAUCAUCACUCAGGGAGCAAAAGACUUCGGAGUAGUGCAGUUUGUUUCAGCCUUUAAGAUCGCUUAUAGUGAUGACGGACUAUCUUGGAGCAUCGUGAAGGAUCAAAUAACAAGAACAGAGAAGAUUUUCCAAGGCAACAUAGACAACAACGCACACAAAAAGAAUUUGUUUGAGCCUCCGUUCUUUGCUCGAUUUGUGCGGUUCCUGCCCUGGGAGUGGCAUGAGCGCAUAACUGUACGUAUGGAGCUGCUGGGCUGUGAUGAUUAGUGGACGGGCUGAAGGCUGCCUCUCUCUGCACUGGUUUCACCUCAAGUGUUUCUGCUGGUUGUAGGUGAUGUUUUGUUUCAGUAUACAUUAGCCUCUGUAAUGCUUUGUAUUUUAUUGCAUCAAUGUCACCGUUUUGGUUUCGUUUGAAAAUUUAAGUUGAUCUCAACCAAAAGAAACUUCGAAGAAUGUUGGUAACCAAACAGUUGACUUUCGAGGUAUUUGUUUCGAUACAAAGUCAAUGGCUACGAUCAACUUUUGGGUCACCGACAUUCUUCUAAAUAUCUUUUUUUGUGUUCAACAGCUGAAAGAAACUAAUACAGAUUUGGAACAACAGAUUUUGUAAUGUCAGACUGUCAAAAUAUUACAUAAUCCCAAGAACCAUUAACACGUCUGGAAAAAUUUGACAGAGUCAAAUUUUUACUAAAAAUAUAAGUUUCAACCACUGACCAUUCUUGUAUUUUAACAUGCAUGUCUUGAUUGACAAUGAAAUAUACUGUCUUUUACUGUUAUUCCUCGUCUUUGGUAAUCUGGAUGAGUAAAACCUAUCCUUUAUUCAACCUUUCUGCCUUCUAGCACAUGUACAGCACUGAUCUGUAAUGGAAAAAGGUCAACUUUUUUUUUUUUUUUCCUUUUUUGGGGGUAAGCUGACAAAAGCUGUCUUUUUUUUAAAUAAUCUUGAUUUAUUCGUCUGCCAGAAACUCUGCUGUAAAUUAGAAAUGAAUUGAAACUAUUAUCCUUUUUUUAGUUCUCACUGUAAAAGUGUAGAAUAAGCGCGGUAGAGCUGCUCAAUCAGUUGACCUGUUUGCACUGCAGUUGCUCUACACUUUACGCUGCGGUUUAUAUAUUUUAUAACUCCAUUUUAUUUGUCAACCAAAUUUGAAUAGAAUUGUAAAGUUGUGCAAAUAUUGAGUAUUUUUAUCUUUUGUAAGAACGUUGUCUUUAACAAUAUUAAUAAACAUGUUAAUAUUUC